AUGUUUAAUUCACACUAUGGCAUACUGUAUGUUCUAACUCCCUCCGUCAAGGAGCUGGACAAACUGUUCCACCAGCUCAAGCUACCUCCAUACAUCUUCAGCAUGGCCUGUGGAGGGGCUCUGAUGGUUUAUGCCUGCAUCACUCUAGGUUUAGGGGUCCUGAGAGUCCCUUACCGCUAGACCCCUAUGCUGCUGGGUGAGGCCCUGGUGAACCUCCUGAUCGGCCUGGGCUACAUCCCUGCCCUGGUCUUCUACUUCAUCAAGCUGCAGGAGACCUAUGACAAGCCCAUCUGUACGGAGAAGGAAGUGCUCUACAAGAGCAAAGGGCAUCAGGGCUUUGCGUGUGCACUCAAUGGAGCAGACAGCACUGGAGGCCUCUUCGGGGUGCUUGGAGUCAAUGAUUUCAUCUUCGGAAUGGUCUUGGCCAUCUGUGCUUUCAGGGCAGUGUGUGAGAUGAAGAGACAGAGAGCAAUGGAAGAUGGUAACUUAUAA